GCCUAGCCGCGUAUGCCCUCUUUCUGUGAUAAGUUUCGCUUCAGCAUUGCUAAAUUGUCAUUGCACGGAUUUUGGUAACCCAAUUUCGGUUUAAAAGGGUUGUGGAUCAUGGCGGCGCCCCUUGGAAAUAUAGGAAGAUUGCUGAAUCGUGUCAACACACCUAUUGCUCGCUUUGUGUCGUACGAUGCCACCAGGCAGAACAUGAAGCUGACGUCCCAGACCAAAGUCAUCUGUCAAGGUUUCACAGGCAAACAAGGCACGUUCCACAGCCGUCAAGCUAUUGAGUAUGGCUCACUUGUUGUUGGGGGCGUUUCACCUGGAAAAGGAGGCCAAAAACAUCUUGGUCUUCCUGUGUUUGAUUCUGUGAAAGAAGCAAUGGCUGAGACAAAAGCAGAUGCAUCCGUGAUCUAUGUUCCGCCACCAUUUGCGGCUGCUGCCAUAUUUGAAGCUCUGGAUGCUGAAGUGCCUUUGAUUGUGUGCAUCACUGAGGGCAUUCCCCAACAGGACAUGGUCAAAGUCAAGCACAGGCUUCUCAGACAGGACAAGUCCCGCUUGAUCGGGCCCAACUGUCCCGGCAUCAUUGCCCCUAACAAGUGCAAGAUUGGCAUCAUGCCUGGUCAUAUCCACCAGGAGGGCUGCAUUGGCAUUGUAUCAAGGUCUGGUACCCUGACCUACGAGGCAGUGCACCAGACCACACUGGUUGGCCUGGGACAGACCCUGUGUGUUGGCAUUGGAGGUGAUCCUUUCAAUGGAACCAACUUCAUCGACUGCCUGGAAGUCUUCCUGAAUGAUCCGGAGACCAAGGGUAUUGUGAUGAUUGGCGAAAUCGGAGGACAGGCUGAGGAGAAGGCUGCAGAUUUCCUCAUGGAGCACAACUCUGGCCCUGAUGCCAAGCCUGUUGUCUCAUUCAUCGCUGGCCUGACGGCGCCACCUGGCAGGAGGAUGGGUCAUGCUGGAGCCAUCAUCUCUGGUGGCAAGGGUGGUGCUGAAGACAAGAUCAAGGCACUGCAGGGAGCCAACGUGAAGGUCACCAAGAGCCCGGCUCAGAUGGGCUCCACUCUCCUGGCUGAGAUGAAGGCCAAGGGACUCGCUUGAGUGAGAUAUCUGUGACUGGAGCAUGUUAUGCUGUUUUGUGAAUGCUGGCUUUGUAGCACUGUGAAUGUAGCCAUACCAAUCCAGCUGGUCAUUUGAUGAUGAUUUUGUGAGAGGUGAAACACAGGACAUCUCUAUCGUUGGUCAACUCUUGAUUACUUCACUGGUGAGUGAGGAAUAAAAAGGAUAUGGGUGAAAUAUUUU